AGUUAUACAACUUCUUCAAUGCAUUACUUACACACAUUCCUCAAUCAGACAGAGAAUAUGAUUCCACUGAAACUUCUAGAGCUUCUUCAUUUGAAAAUCUAAAUCUGGACUUUAAUGACGAGUCACCAGACGAUGAAAUUUACGAUCCGGAAGAAAAAAGGAAGCUGCUACAUUUUAGUAUAGAAUACCCUUAUACAGAAAAAGCCAUUUUACAGUUAAUAGAAAUAUUCAGAAAACAUCGAGUGAGUAUAGCAUUUUCGGCUACCGCCGAAAAACGUAGGAGACAUUCUGAAGAAGGCCAUAGCAAGUUUGAAGAAGCUACCGAAUAUAAAUGUCGCCUCAACAGGGAUGUCAAAACAGAUUACGAUAUGCGGUGAUCUGCAUGGGAAAUUCGACGAUUUAUUAGUGAUACUGCACAAGAAUGGACUUCCAUCUGCAGAGAACCCGUACAUCUUCAAUGGUGACUUCGUUGACAGGGGUAAACGGGGCUUGGAAGUCUUCCUAAUACUUCUACUUUGCUUCAUCGCCAUUCCAGGUGCCGUUUAUCUCAACAGAGGCAACCAUGAAGAUAUAAUAAUGAACCAAAGGUACGGCUUCAUCCGGGAGGUGCAGUCCAAGUAUAAGAAAAACCACGAAAAGUUGCUGAAGCUGAUAGAGGGUGUGUAUAGGUAUCUUCCUCUAGGUACCAUAAUCAACAACAAGGUGCUUGUAGUGCAUGGUGGAAUUUCGGACAGUACAGAUCUGGAAAUGAUUAGAAGUUUAGACCGCGGUAAGUACGCGUCGCUGUUGAGGCCGCCCCUAAGUGACAGUUCUGCGCCUGGCUCCGAAGUCAUCAAUAAAGUCGAGUGGAAACAGAAACUGUGAAACCAAGUUGUGAGCAUUUGCGAGGUAUUAUUUUUACCUACCCGAAAAUUCCUGUUACAAAUGUUAGUAAUCAUCGAAUCCGAAUCUAGAAUAAGGAUGUUACCACUGGUGAUGGUGGAUUCAAUAGCCCACUGAAAAUUACGACAUAACCAAGAAGAAGCUUUGACUCCUGGAUUUGAGCCUUUAUAGCAAAUUGCGCCAAAAAAUAUCACUUAUUCACUAACAAUGUUGUACUGGCCACGUUCAUCAGAGCACAGCGUUAAUGGAAAUAUUAUUGUCUGUAGAACUACAAGAACUCUCCAUUCUGAAUCGUAAAAGUUCGUCAUGGAAUAAAACAAUUCCGAAAUAACUAGA